GUGGAAGAGGGAAGAAGUGAAAAGCAGUGUGGGGGGGAAACCGCGAUGCAUCUUGGUCCAAGCUCACGAGCACUUCCCAUGCAAAGACGUCUCCGUCGCCAUCUCAUGGCCCGGUAGAAUGACAAGGAACGAGCCGCAGCCGCCGCCACAAAUGCACCUUCCAAAACCAACCGCCGCCGCCCUUCCACCUCCACAUCCUACAACCAAGAGGAGUGCCUUACCACCCCUGCCCAAGAAGAACGGCGGUGCCACCGGAGAGCCAGCUGAUCAAGAAGAUGAUGAUGAUACAGACGAAAAUUCGUCUUCUAAUCAGCCUUUGGACAAAAAUAUGGCUUCUCCUGCUCCGUCUCGGUCGUCGUCCUCCGUGAACCUGCCUGAAGAGAGCGGUGGCGCCACCCAACAAGGAGGUAACGCCACCGUGCAGGCGACGGCAUGGGGUAUGGUGAUUGUGACGGCAAGUUCUGGGGGAGAGAUAAGGGUGUAUCAGAACUUCGGGUUGCCUGUAAAAGCCAAUCGUCAGACCAGUCUCUUCAUCACAUAGUAGGGUAGAUGGAUAUAUGUGUGCAGAGUUUUGAUUCCAUUAAACUAUUGUACUAAUAGAUUUUGCUUAGGUUU